AUGGCCGACAAAGGCCCUCCGAACAAGAAGCAGAAGACCACCGAUGGCGACGGCUCUUUCGCCAUGUCCGAUAUCAUCACAGUCAUCGUCGGUCCCGAGGCGAGGAAAUUUCAGUUGCACGAGAGCCUUCUAGUUUCGCAAUCCCCCUUUUUCAGGAAGUGCCUCCAAUCUGGCAUGAAGGAGCAGGAAGAGAAGACCGUCGUCCUUCCAGAAGACGACUGGACGACUUUCAGCAUUCUCGCAGGGUUGCUCUACACUCACACAAUCUCGUCCACAAAUCCUAUACGAGCACUCAUGUCGGCCUACAUGCUUGCUGACAAACUCCUCAUGCCGCGUUUUCAGAACAAUUUGCUGGAUAUUAUGAGCGCAAGAUUUACCCCAGAGUUUGGACAAAGCAAGGUCAAGGUAGAAGACGUGAACUAG